UUUAACUUACUUAAAACUCAUUCCUUCUUCCUCCAAAUUGAAAAAAUAUCUAUUUUCUCUUUUUUUUCUUGUUUCCUCAUCUUCAUCUUCUACUUUUAUUCAAGGAAAUGGAAAUUUCAAAGAAUUCUCAAAUUAGCAGAGGAUUAGACGAUAAUGAUGGUAAAAAAUGGGUCUUCCCCAAAAUUUCGAUUCGGGCUUCUUUGAAACCUGUGAAGACGAAACUCAAAAAGCCAGCGAGAGAAUCAGUUUCAGCUGAGGAGAUUUGUGUCACUCCCAAAAGGAAAGAAUCUAAAACGUCGGAGAAACUGAAAUGUCCAGCUGCUCCAAGGAAACGUGGACCGGUGAUGUUGAAGUGUCGGAGCAAUAAUAUUGGUGUAGAGUACUUUGUGCCUCCUUCGGAUUUGGAGUCUGUGUUUAUACUACGCCGUUAAUGUAAACAGACCCAAAAAAAAAUACUAAGUUUGGCUUUUGUUUGUGUGUGCUCAAGUCAUAAGUCAUAACGUUUUCUUUGCUUACUCUUAUGUUUGGUUUGGUAUAAAAGUAUAAUACUCGUAUGUUUUCACAAGUCUAUUAAGCGUUCUAAUUCGCAAUCCCAUCCACAAAAGCUUUUCUA